AUGAUUCUUAAGUUUCUGGCCUUCUUCCUCUUGCUGUGGAAUACUAGCCCAGCAGAGAAGGCGAGAUUUGAUGGUUUUUCAGUUUUGCGAGUCAUUCCUAAGUCUGAGAAGCAGCUUCUUACCUUAAAACAAAUACUUAGAAAUAACAAGCACUUGGAGCUAGAUGUGUGGCGAUAUCCUAGUUUCGUUGGACAGAGUGCAGACAUUCAAAUUUCUCCAAAACACUAUUUUAAAUUAAACCAAACUUUGACCGAACUUGGAUUUCAAUCUGAGUUACUGAUAAGGGAUGUGCAAAAAUUGAUAUCAGAACAAGAAAGAAAGAACAAGGAACUCAAAGAAACUGCUGAGGUGUUUAAUUACGGCAAAUACCAUACACUGGAUGAGGUCAACAAUUGGAUCGACAAUGUUACGAAGUUUUAUCCCAACAUAACCACAGUGUUUGAAGUCACAAAGUCCUACGAGGGGCGCACAAUCCGCGGAAUAAAGAUUUCAACGGGUGACGGAAAUAGCAAACCAAGCUUUUUUAUUGAGGGAGGUAUUCAUUCGAGAGAGUGGAUUUCACCCGCCACAGUGCUGUUUAUGACUGGUCAAAUGUUGGAUAGAUAUGCACCCGAUACACGUAUUAAACAAUUGGUAGACAGUUUUAAUUGGUAUAUCCUUCCUGUAUUCAACGUAGAUGGCUAUGAAUACACUUGGAGUAAGAAUCGUAACUGGAGGAAAACCCGUUCUAAGCAUGGUCUAUGUGUUGGGGUGGAUCCAAACAGAAACUGGGAUUACGAAUGGUGCAAGGAGGGAGCGAGUAAGGACCCAUGUUCCGAUCAGUAUUGUGGUCCAAAAGCUUUCUCCGAAGUGGAGGUCAAAGGAGUAGCAGACUUUAUCAUGAAGAACUCCAAAGGAAUGAAAGGAUUCAUUGACUUUCAUAGUUUCUCCCAGCUUUGGAUGAGUCCUUGGGGAUACACUACAAAAUUGCCCCCCGAUUUUAAGGACCAGGACAAGGGAUCUCAAUUAGCUGUAGAAGCAUUGGAGAAGGUUUAUGGAACCAAAUACAAGCAUGGUAGCAUUGCCAACACUAUAUACGUUGCAAGCGGCAGUAGCGCUGACUGGACGUACGGGGCCGCCAAAAUCAAAUACUCUUAUGGCGUAGAGCUACGUGAUACUGGGAAAUAUGGAUUUCUUCUGCCUCCAGAAGAGAUUAUUCCAUCUGGAAAAGAGACAUUGGAGGCUCUCAUAGCUUUAGCUAAUUUUGUUGUUAAUAAUUAUUUUGAUCAUUAA